UAAACUGAAUACGCACUCACUUCACAUCGGUGGGUUGGAUACUGGCAGCUGACAAGUUUAUAAAUACAAUCGGUGUUCUGUGAAACAAAAUAAAGGUGAAAUAGUUCUCCGUUAUGAGUUUCUUCGGCUUCGGACAGAGUGCUGAGGUAGAUAUUGUUCUAAAUGACGCCGAAACGAGAAAGAAAGCAGAGCACAAGACCGAGGAUGGGAAGAAGGACAAAUAUUUUCUCUUCUACGACGGAGAGACAGUGAGCGGAAAAGUGAACGUCACUCUCAAAAAUCCAGGAAAAAGACUCGAGCACUAUGGUAUCAAAAUCGAGUUUAUUGGACAAAUAGAGUUGUACUAUGACAGGGGAAACCAUCACGAGUUUGUGUCGUUGGUGAAAGAUCUCGCCAGACCUGGUGAACUGUCGCACUCGCAGUCGUUUGACUUUGAGUUCACUCACGUGGAGAAGCCGUAUGAAACCUACACUGGCCAGAACGUCAAGCUGAGGUAUUUCCUGCGUGCCACCAUCAGCAGAAGACUGAAUGACGUCAGUAAGGAGAUGGACAUUGUGGUGCACACGCUCAGUACGUACCCUGAGCUCAACUCCUCCAUCAAGAUGGAGGUGGGCAUCGAAGACUGCCUCCACAUCGAGUUUGAGUACAACAAGUCCAAGUAUCACCUGAAGGAUGUGAUUGUGGGGAAGAUCUACUUCCUGCUAGUGAGAAUAAAGAUCAAGCACAUGGAGAUUGACAUCAUCAAGCGGGAAACCACGGGAACGGGACCCAGCGUGUAUCAUGAGAACGACACCAUCGCCAAAUAUGAGAUUAUGGAUGGCGCACCUGUCCGAGGAGAAUCGAUUCCCAUCCGAUUAUUCCUGGCAGGAUAUGAGAUGACUCCCACCAUGAGGGACAUCAACAAGAAGUUUUCCGUUCGCUACUACCUCAACCUGGUGCUCAUCGACGAGGAGGAGAGACGCUACUUCAAGCAGCAGGAGAUCACCCUCUGGAGGAAAGGUGACAUCGUCCGGAGAAGUAUGUCCCAGCAGGCCACCAUAGCCUCACAGAGAUUCGAGGGCUCAGACCGCUCCAGCUCAGAGAAAGUGCCGGAACCGAAAGAGGAGAAGGAGGACAGCAGCUAGGCGAGGAGCAGGCGCCCGAGAGAGAGAGAGAGAGAGAGGUCUCGGUGGCCAGUCGGGCAGCCUCAUCUCAGCUAACGUCGUCACUGUCCUGGUAGCUUCCAGUUUUGUGUAAUUCUAGCUGCUUCAAAAGGGAUCAGAGAAAAUCAGUCACAGCCCCACAUAACAGCUCACUCCUGAAAGGCUCUGAAGUCACACUGCGGGACCAGAGCCGGCCUGGAGUGAGCUGUUAUAGGGGGC